CGGCGCCGCUGGAUUUUGUUGCCGUCUCAGGAAAGGGAAACAUAGUGAAAACUCCCGCGCUUCGUUGUGGACGUGACGUCACGUGUGCGCCGGACCAAUAGUAGUGCUUGUUGGGAGUGUGCCUGCAGAGGGGUGUAAGAAACAUGGCGGAAACUGUAGAUAUUCUCAAGCUAAAGCUUGCAGAACUCAAACAGGAAUGCCUGGCCAGAGGUUUGGACGUGAAAGGGAAUAAGAGUGACCUGAUCAGCAGACUUCAAGCAUAUCUAGAGGAACACGUUGAAGAAGAGGUCAAUGAAGAGGAUGUUCUAGGAGAUGAAACAGAGGAAGAAGAGCAAAAACCUGUAGAUAUUCCUGAGACGAAAGAGGAGCCUUCUGGUAAAGAAGAAGAAGAAGAAAUAGAAACCGAAAAGAAAGUGGUGAAGAUAACAACUGGAGUGCCUGAGGUUGAAAGGCUUCAGAAAAGAGCUGAAAGAUUUAAUGUUCCUGCCAAUGUGGAUACCAAAAAGGCAGCCCGUGCUAUACGGUUCGGUCUUCCAGCCACUGAGCAGAAAGGGGAGACCACAGGAGUAAAAUCGUUGCCGAGUACUGAAAAACUAAAAGAGCGAGCUCAGAGGUUUGGUGUCAGCGUUUCUCCCGUCACAAAACAGACUGAAGAUGAUGAAAAGCUCAAGAAAAGGAAGGAACGGUUUGGUAUAGUGACGAGCUCUGCCUCCCUUUCCGCUGAUGUUGAGGCAAAGAAGAGGAAAAGAUCAGAGCGGUUUGGCAUAGUUUAGUAGUUCUCACCUGCUAAAUCUUCAAAAUCUUUUUGUUUUGUGCAUCUCAACUUAGUAUUGUAAAAUGUUUUUCUUAUUCUUGAUUUG